AUGACCGAGGUUGCUGGUGCUAUUGGGCGGGCCAGUGCGAAUGCGAACCUGCCAUCUCCACAAUACACCCGCAAUGGAUUGGAAUCCAUGCCCGGCAGCUUAAUAGACAAUGACCGCGCGCACCGCCGCGGCGCCCGCACGUGUGCUUGCAAAGUGGCCCAGCCACAGCCAGAUGCUACGACUACAAAUGGACCAAGAAAAGAUAGUGUAGUACGAGGAAAUGGCGCACAUGGAGGAAUAAGAGCGUCCGGCCUUGGCUCUGCUAACGCAAGGCUGACCGAUUUGGCGCUGGGCUGGGUGGCCGCCCACGGAAACUAG